AUCGACGCAACCGAUAUUUGCCUGAGAUUUCUGUUUCCUCCUCGCCGGCGAAUCAACUUUCCGCGGAUCGUAUUUUCCAAGGGAUUUCUGGAGGGCGUGAAGCUCGGCCUGUACAUCGGUGUUCCACUCUUUCUUAUGAGCUUCACUGCCGACGCCAAGUUCAUGAAGAAAUUAACCGGCAAGCCGAGGUAAUACACCUCAAUAAUUGUGAACGCAUUUGAGAUUCUCAGGAUAGGCUGAAACAUGUUCGUGAAGGAAAGCGAGACAGUUGAUUCAAGAUCAGAAAGGAUCGUCUCGGUCGGUCUAAGCUAAUUUGGUCUUUGCGGCUGAAAGUUGCUCUUGAUACAGCUAGCAACAGGAACUGAAAUUGCUUCGAAGUGUUUGUGUUUCCCCAUCAAAGUAGGGGGCUUAUCUUCUGAAUAAUGAUUCAAAGUUGCUAAUGAUUAUUCAUGGGGAGUCCACCAAAUACCAUCAGCGGCUCCUUCGUCUCCUUGAAGCCACCUCGAGGGUUCGUUCUCUCGGAGCAACGAAAUGUCUUCACGCACUCUUGUUCACAUUCGGUGGGACGUUCUCGACCCAGACGACCUUUCUGCACAACAACAUCAUCACGUUAUAUGCCUCGGUCAAGGAGUUUUUGAACGCACGUAAAGUGUUCGACAGAAUGCCGCAAAGGAACACGGUGUCGUACAAUUCUAUGAUUUGUUGUUACAGCAGAUUCGGCUGCCCUGAUGAUGCUUGGCGCGCUUUGAAAGAGAUGAUGGCUUGUGGAUUAAGGCCAAACCAAUUCACUCUCGGGGGUAUGCUGUCGUGUGCUUCGAUGGAUCUCAGUCAUGGGGUUAGAUUGCAAUCACUAGCAAUGAAAAGCGGGCUGUUAGCUGCUGAUGCUUUUGUGGGAACUUCUUUGUUGGGAUUGUUUGGAAGGUAUGGGUGCUUAGAAGAGACAUCACUGGUUUUUCAGGAUAUGCCCAAAAAGAGCUUAACGACAUGGAAUUCGAUAAUCUCUUGCUUUGCUAGUCACGGCUUGGUGGAAGAUAGUAUGGGUUUGUUUUGUGAACUCGUGAGAGCAGAAGAGGGUACUUUAUCUGAAGGCUCUUUUGUUGGUGUUUUGUCUGGAUUAGCACGUGAUAAAGAUUUGGGAUUUGGACAACAGGUGCAUGGUUUAGCUAUGAAAAUUGGGCUUGAUUGUGAAGUCCCAGUCAGCAACACUCUUGUAAAUAUGUAUGUCAAAUGUGGCAGCAGCACAUCUCUGGCUGAAAGAAUGUUUCAGGAUGUGAAGAAAAAGGACAUUGUCACAUGGAAUACCCUGAUGGGUGCACUAGCAAAAAGUCAGAAGCCCGGAAAAGCGAUGGAGCUUUUCAAGAGACUGUAUAAAGAGGAUGAUGUCAGGCCAAAUCAGACCACAUUUGUAAGUCUGGUUCAGUCAUGUACUGCUUCAAAUAUCCCAAUGUUUGGAGAAGCUGUGCAUGCUUUUGUGAUCAUUAAUGCUUUCCAAACAGAUGCUUAUGUGGGUAAUGCUUUAGUCGAUUACUAUGCGAAAUGCAGCAAGCUGGAUUAUGCAUACAACAGCUUUCUUGAGAUACGUGAGAAGAAUGUGGUUUGCUGGAAUGGUAUUGUUUUGGCCUUUUCAAAUGAAAGCUCCUCACUUGCUGUUCCUUUGCUCCAAGAGAUGCUUCUAUUGGGCUUCCGUCCCAAUGAGUCUUCGUUUUCUGCUAUACUGAAGUCAUUGUUAUUGUUAGAGCUAUGUCAAGUUCAUUGUUUGAUUAUGAAGAUGGGCUAUGAAAAUAAUGAAUAUGUGUUGAGUGCCCUUAUUGCCAGCUAUGACAGGGAAGGUCUCAUCCAUGAAGCAAGAAGGUUAGUCGUGGCAUUUGAAACGCUUGGCACUGUCCUUUCGAAUACUAUUACUGGAAUUUUGAACAGGUCAGGCCAAUACCAUGAAUCAAUAAAAUUGCUUUCUGAACUUGAAGAACCAGAUGCCAUAUCUUGGAAUAUUGUUCUUGCUGCCUGUGCUCGUGAUGGUCACUAUAAAGAGGUCACUGAGCUUUUCAGGCACAUGCUUAUGGUAGGCAUACGUCCAGAUAACUACACCUAUGUUAGUCUUCUGAGCACGUGCAGUAAGAUAUGCAUGCUUCCCUUCGGAAGCACUAUUCAUGGUCUCCUUAUAAAGACAAAUUUCAGUGCUUGCGAUGCAUUUGUUUGCAAUGUCUUGAUAGAUAUGUAUGGUAAAUGUGGGAGAGCUCAAAGUUCUCGUAAAGUAUUCGAUGAGAUGAAGGAGAAAAAUAUCAUUACCUGGACAGUUCUGAUUUCAGCUCUUGGAAAUAAUGGGCGUGCUUAUGAUGCGAUAAGGGUGUUCAAACAGCUGGAAUCAUUAGGGCAUAAACCUGACAAGGUUGCUUUCAGUGCAGUGCUUACAGCUUGCAGACAUGGUGGUUUGGCGAGAGAAGGGAUGGAGUUGUUCAAGAAAAUGAAUGGUCAUUAUGGUAUAAAACCAGAGUUGGAUCAUUACCAUUGCCUAGUGGAUGUGUUAGCUAGAAGUGGGCAUAUCAGUGAAGCAGAGAAGUUAAUUGGCAGCAUGCCCUUCCCUCCAAAUGCCAGAAUAUGGAGGAGUUUUCUUGAAGGGUGUAAGGGGCAGAGAGAUAUCGGUAAUCGAGUAAUGAUCAUGCCAGAAUAUGGAGGAUCUUUCUUUGACGGAAAAAGGAUGAGUGUGCUCGGAUGAAUUUGCGGCUGAAAGUUGCUCUUGAUACAGCUAGUGCUGGAUUUUGAGGUGGGGAUGUAUGAGAGGCUGUUGGUUUUCAGGGGCCUUGCAAACGUGUUUGAUCUUUUAGAUGCUUCUUUUGAAAUGAUAUUGUUGAAGCAAAGGAGUCCUACCAUUCUGAAUGCAUUUGUUUGCUUUUACCCCCACUUACUGAUGGGAGAUAAGUGAAUGAUGACAUUGAAUUGAACCAUGCAAAAGACCACUUUCCUCACUCCAAACUUGGGCUUCCGUUCUUCAUUCAAGAAACCUCCAGCCAGGAAAGGGCUGGAAGUUGAUGAACGGCUGCAGGGGUAAAUAUUUGUUUUUAGUUUGAAAUAGUAUUGAACAGUAGAUUGUAGGCUUUGAACAUUAGGCUACUGUAUUGAUGGAUUAUAUUUUUGAUAUGGUAAUUCAAGGGUUAUGAAUAGAUAUACAAUUCUGGAAUUGUAAUUAUUAGGCUACUGUAUUGCUGAUAUGAUGGUCAGAAAAUGGUUACUAGAUCAUUAGAGUAAUGGAAAACUGCAGGCUAGGGCUGUAUUAUUAGAGC